AUGCCCGGCCAGUGGCCUCUCGACGACAGCAAGGCGGUCUGGCACGCACUUUGCCACGUGCAGCUGCAGGCUGAUGGCGAGCUUCCCGGUACUCAGGAGGUCAACGCCGUCGUGGCGAGGCUGGCCAAGCGAUUCGGCCGAACCAACGGCGCGAUCCGGUCGCGCAUCCGACACAUGCACGACACAUCGCACGCUGCGUACACGGAGCUCGUUUCCUGCGGCGCCCGGCAGCCAGCGACCAACUCGGCCCCUCCUCCUCCAAGGCCCGCGGCGCCUCCGCAGACGGCUGCCGGAGAUCAAGCGGACAGCCUCCUGCUCGCAGCGCUCCGCUCCUUCAGGGCGAAAAGGGCGCAGGCCGACAAGGUUGAGCCCUACCACGUCCUGCACAACUCCGUGCUGCGGUCGGUUGCGGCCCGCUGCCCGACGAGCCUCGAUGAGCUCAAGCUCGUCAACGGCAUCGGGAUGGACAAGAUGAACACUUACGGAAGCGCGAUUGUGCGCAUUUGUCAGGAGUCAGCGCCGGCUCGACCGGCCGCGCCUCCGGGGCCGCUGCCACAAGGCGCCACCACCACCCCGUGCAACAAGCGUAAGACGCCCGCCACCGGGUCCGGCACCGCCACCGGCACGACGGUUGCCGUCGCUAAGAGGCCCUCGGGGUGGCCGUACGCGUCGUCGCCGGCGCCCAAGCCGGGCAUCCCAUGA